UCACAUUAUAUAAACUGAGGAAAUGUGUACCUAACCAAGAUACUAAGUGUUGGUUUAAAAUCUGAGAGUAGAAGAACUAGUAAAAUGGAUGGUAAGGUUCAGCUUCAGAAACAACUUUUUGAUUAUACUGCUUCCCUAUUCCAAGAGGGAUUUCUAGAUAAUCAAUUUAACCAGCUUGAACAACUUCAAGAUGAAAGCAACCCAGAUUUUGUUGUUGAAGUAGUCACUCUCUUUUUUGAUGAUGCUGAGAGGAUUCUUAAUGAGCUCACAACAACACUAGGCCAAGAAAAAAUUGAUUUUAAAAGGUUGGAUGCUCAUGUUCACCAAUUGAAAGGUAGCAGCUCCAGCAUUGGUGCACAAAGAGUUCAUGAAGCCUGCAUUCCUUUUCGCAACUUUUGCACGGAACAAAAUGUUGAAGGGUGUUUGAAAAGCUUGCAACAAGUAAAACAUGAGUAUUCCUUGGUGAAAAGCAAGCUUGAGACUCUUUUCAAGAUGGAGGAAGAGCUUUUGGCCUCACGUUUAGCAGAUCUCAAGGUAGUGUGAUAUAAGAGGCACUGAUGUUUGCUGCAUUUGUGAUAUGCAAACAGCACUUGGAAGAAACCAUAUCUUAAUGUUGUAUUUUAAAGUUGUUUUAAGAUUUUGUUUUGUAGAUCUUGGUCUUUAAAUUCGAUUUAUCAUAUAAGCCAGAAUUGAUCCAUA